GAUCAAAGAUUUUGCAACUGGCAUAUUUUGGAAUCGAAGCUCUGAUGAGAGCGCCAAGUCUUUCUCGUGUCAAAGUUGACAUAGGAAUGAAGAAAUCUGCCUUUUUCAAUCUCUAUUUUUGUAAGGGAUUUCCCAAGUCUAUAUUUUCCAGUCAUUUAAGUGUUCCUCCAAGGCUGAGGCGCUACGCGCCAUACGUUCGGAUUCGUAGAUUUCUUGAUGAGGUUUGUAGGCGCCAACAGCCCGAAUUACGGGGCGAUCCGACAUUCUUGCUUUCAAGAUAAUGUUGGCGACCUAGAACUCAGCCCUGUCGCUGCUCUCUUAAAUACCAUAAACCUGCUCCAUAUUUUAGCCAUGCUCGAGACCUUUUUACCUUUCAUCCUUCGGGCCGGGAAUUCUAUUUGGUCCCAUCAUAAAAAUGACAAUCCGAACCACUCUGUUGAUAACCUCACUAUGGGCGAUACAAGCAUUUGGCCUUAACCAACUCCCAAGGAGAACCGCCUCUAUCUCAUAUAAUGAAACAUCAACGAAUUCCGGAGCAGCUACCACCAUAGCAUCUCCUGAAGCCAGUCUCGAGUGCUGCUAUCUUUCGUCUUUUCAAGUAGGCCAAGUUCUAUGGUAUUCUGAAAGCAUCAAUAUUACUGUAGCCGCUAUCUCCACCAUUGUGUACCAAUACGACAAUACAGCCAUUACUAGUAUUCAGACCAUUCCUACAAACUUUACAGCCCCAUCGAAACCUAUAACGCGAUCAUCCUUUAAUGAUCUUCCUACAACCAUAAUCGGGACUGGUUUGGGGGUUUAUGGAGCCGAGACAACCUUCAUUCAAGGUACCGCUUUCACCGAUCCUUAUGGGACAGUCUAUGAAUCACCAACUCCUGUUUGGGUAUAUACAAAUGUCAUAUAUGCCACUGCAUCACCGACAUCAAAGCAUGGUUCAUACGCGUGCCCUCGUCCAAGUGAUAUCAAAAGCUCAUCCGGCGAUGAAAUUUCUCCUUAUCCAUCCGGGUUCUUUCUUGUCGAUGAAGAUACAGAUUACAGUCAGAACUCACCAGGAAUUUUUUCAACAACAUUGCCAACACAGCUACGCGACUGGAUGGUUAGUUAUGCCGCAUCAGACAAAUCAAACACCAUAACAAACCUUGAAAAUUGUAAAUUGGGUGCCGGUCGAGGUGUACCUACCGCCUUUGUCCCCUACAAUGAAAUCACAGUUACUUUUACUACCACAUCAAUUAUAAAUUCAAACUAUGGUAUUGUUGCAAGUUCAACCAGCGAGACGAUUGAAUCGUCACUAUCCGCCGCAUCAUCUAUAGUAUCCUCCACCUCUUCAAUCCACACUACGACCUCUUAUUCCACUCGGUUGAUCACGAAAACCACCAUUGCUACACAUACCAAAACAGCAAUUUCGGUAGUAAACGCUGCCGUCAUAAACACAAUUACCUCGACGCCAGUCGAAACACCCUCUUCUGUUUCCAAGGUAUCAGGCACUUCAUCUACAACCUCCCUCUAUCUAAUGACGGGCGAUGAAACAAUGGUGCAAAACAAGACGGUGGCAGGAAGUGUGACUACAUCUGCAAUUAGUGGAGGAGGAUUGGGAAAAAUUGUGGUGGUUAUGGACUGGGCCAGUACGAGUACUUCAGAGGGGGUCUUGGGAACGCAAACUGGAACAACAACGAUAAAAGCGUUGGCUGAUAGUACCGUUGCGGGAGUGGUAGAGAGUUCGAAGACUUCUGAGGGGAUCCUGGGGAGAAAGACUGGUAUGAUGUGGUUGGGUAGUGCGAUUUUGGUGGGUUUGGUUGGGGUUCUGGGUUUGUAAAUGAGAUGGGAUUGGACUGGGUUAGGAAGUUUCUAUUGGAGGGGUUUGUGGAGGAGAUUCUGUAUAUAUAUUAUUUGUAUUUAGAUAUGUAUUUAAAGACUAGAAGUUAUAUAUCAUGUAUCAUGAAGUCCGUUUUGCAUAAGAUCCAGUUUGGGCAUUAUGUGUUAUGAUAUCCUUGGCGUAUGAGGUGGGUCAAAAAAUUAUGAUCUGCA